AAGCCAGAGGGGGGCGGAAACAAAAUAAAAAAAAAACCUAGCUGCACGCUAUCCCGCUCCUCCACCACAGCCAACCCUCUUUCAUUCCCUGCCUCUUUCACAUUAUUCAUCCGUACCCGCUGCAACUCCCAUCUCCGUCCAUCCUCUUGCCUUCCUCAGCCUCUCAUCUUGCUCCCAACUCCCUCUGCAACUCCGGAGACCCUCUGCAGCCACCCGAGAUCCCUGCUCCCGGCCACAGCAACCGCCAUAAACAGAACCACACCUAUCAGCCAAGACCCGAACAUCUUCUCCAGUAGCCAAAGUACCGCACCAGCAGCAGAACUCCUGCCCCCUUCCUCGGCCAACCACCAGUCUCCAUAGCAGCCGACCUUCCUUCUGCAGCAGUCAAGAACCAACCGUCGGCUACCCGGACACCCGACCAAUUCCAGCCAUCAAGUCCGGCAGCCACCAGCCACUCUCUGCCGCUGCAAAACAAGACCACCGCCGUGAAUCUGCUGCAACAUCACCAUCCGCCAUCUUCCCUGCUCCGCGGACCACCAUCAAGUUCCCUUGCGCCACACUACUCUCUGCAACUAACGUUCCUCUGCUCUCAGCCAUCAUCUCCGGCGGCCCCUCACAGCAACCACAGCGACUCUUCCCUCGGCCACUGCUGCUCCGGCCAGACACCAGACUUCCUUCUCCACGGAGCCACCUGCCAGAGCCCCUUACUGCUGUUCGUAAGCCACGAGUCUCGACGGCAAGAUCUCCCCGGUAUUGAAAACCCUAGAGGUGGUGUUGCAGCUGGCUAGGUACAUACAUAGAAAACUGCUGAUCAUCAAGCUAGUUAAUUAGGUAGGUUGGUCAAGGAUCGAUCAAUGGGGAGGGGAAAGAUAGUGAUAGAGAGGAUCGAUAACACAACGAGCAGGCAAGUGACUUUCGCUAAGAGAAGGAAGGGUCUGCUAAAGAAGGCCAAGGAGCUCACCAUACUGUGUGAUGCCCAAGUUGGGGUCAUCGUCUUCUCCAACACUGGCAAGCUAUAUGAAUUCUCUAACACCAGCAUGGAAUCAGUAAUCGAUGGAUACAACAAAUCAAAAGGGGAACAUCAACUGCUGAAUCCAGCCUCAGAAGUCAAGUAUUGGCAAAGAGAGGCAGCAAUCUUAAGGCAACAACUACUGAACUUGCAAGAAAACCAUCGGCAGUUGAUGGGAGGACUGCAUAAUUUGAGCGUUGGAGACCUGCAAAGUCUGGAGAACCAAUUAGAAACAAGUUUGAAGAGUAUCCGCAUGAAAAAGGAACAAAUUUUGACUCAUAAUAUACAAGAGCUAAACCGAGAGGAAAACCUUCUUUAUCAAGAAAAUGUGGAACUGCAUAAGAAAGUAAAUCUUAUUCGCCAAGAAAACAUGGAAUUGUAUAAAAAGGUUUAUGGCAUAGGGAAUGCGAAUGCAACAAGCGAGAAUGCCUUCAUUCCAUACAGUUUUGGCAUUGAUGAUGACUCAAAUGCUCACAUUCAUCUUCAAAUAAGCCCACCGAGCAACUGAGUUAUGAGACUCCAGGAGCAACAAAAUCAGGUUACCUGCAGGUAAGCAUGCAGCACUGCAAACAGAAUUUCCAGGAUUCAACAACUAUGAGGUUUGGAACAUUUGACACCAGAUAAUUGGUGAGAGAUUAUAUGUAAUACUGGGAGUUUUGCAAAGUUUGUGAGCAAGUUAAACGUGAUUUGAAUAGCAAACUCGGAAAUGCCAUGAACAAGCCCAGGCAAGGACUAACUUUACAAAUGGUAUCAUAG